CAGAAUUUAGAGAGGGAACUCAAGCCACAACCACACUCCUUCCCCAUUCCCCACUCUCUCUGCCAUUUUCUUUUUUUUUUGGUCAGAAAAAAAAUAAAAACAAACAAACAUGGCCAUCACUCUGUUUCUCUGCACUCUCCGGCGCUCUCUUCUAACCUACGCUCCCUAUGCGCACUCCUCCUCCUUCCCCCUUAACCUAAACCCCCCCAAACCUCACUACUCCUACUACUAUCAUUAACCACUGCAAAGCUCAAAACCAUUUAUUUUUUCGACCUUUUUAAUUAAUGGCUUUCGUUGCUUUUUUCUUCUCCUUCCUCGUGGUGGUGCUCUGCGCACCCUUUUUAUUAUCGUGCGCCGGCGUCGCCCAACAGGGCGCCGAUACUCGAGCCGAGAUCGACGCGCUCGUUUCCUUUAGGAUUAACCUUCAUGACCCGCUCGGCGCGCUCAGCGGCUGGGACGGUGGUACGCCUUCGGCUCCGUGUGACUGGCGAGGCGUGGGGUGUACCGAUAACAGAGUCACCGAGCUCCGCUUGCCUCGGCUUCAACUCGGUGGCCGGCUCAGUGAUCAUAUCGGUAACCUUCGGAUGCUCCAGAAGCUGAGUCUUCGUUCUAACUCGUUUAACGGUUCGAUUCCUUCGUCUAUCUCCAAAUGCACGCUUCUCCGGUCGUUGUUCUUGCAGUAUAACUCUUUCUCCGGUAAUAUACCGCCGGAGAUCGGGAAUCUUACUGGUCUUCAAAUCCUUAACGUCGCGCAGAACCACCUUUCCGGCGACAUUCCCGGUUAUCUCCCGCCGGCGCUUAAGUAUCUGGAUCUUUCCUCCAAUGGUUUCUCCGGUGAUAUUCCGAGAAGCGUCUCGAACUUAACGGAGGUUCAGCUAGUCAACCUCUCUUACAAUCAGUUCGCCGGAGAGAUUCCAGCGAGUUUUGGCGAGCUCCAAGAGCUUCAGUAUCUUUGGCUGGAUUACAAUCUCUUGGUAGGUACUUUGCCGUCUGCGCUAGCUAAUUGCUCCUCGCUCAUGCAUUUGAGCGUCGAGGGAAAUGCGCUCGGCGGAGUGAUUCCGGCAGCCAUUGGAGCUCUGCCGAAGCUUCAGGUUCUCUCUCUCUCGCUUAAUAUUCUCUCUGGUUCAGUCCCGUCUUCAAUGUUUUGCAAUGUGUCUGUCUAUACGGCGUCGCUUCGAAUCGUUCAGCUAGGGUUUAAUGCGUUCACGGACAUUAUUGGUCCCCAAAAUGGGAAAUGCUUUAGUAGUCUUCAAGUUCUCGAUCUUCAACACAAUCGAAUACAUGGAGAGUUUCCUUCCUGGUUAGGCCAAGUGGUAACCUUAACAAGGCUAGAUUUUUCUGGUAACUCUUUCUCUGGUUUGAUUCCGCCUGGGAUUGGGAACAUGUCAAGGUUGGAAGAGCUAAAGUUGACCAAUAAUUCUUUUAGUGGUGAUGUUCCGGCUGGUAUCGAGAAAUGUAGCUCAUUGCGGGUUCUUGAUCUCGAAGGGAAUCGCUUCACUGGCGAUAUCCCUGUAUUUUUGGGAGCUUUAGCGGGCUUGAGAAUUUUAGCUCUUGGGGAGAAUCACUUUUCGGGUUCCAUUCCGGGGAGUUUUCGUAAUCUUUCAGGGCUGGAGACUUUGAGUUUGAGAAGCAAUUUGUUGACCGGCGCAAUGCCGGAGGAGCUGGUGGAUUUGAGCAAUUUGACUUCAUUGGAUCUCAGUGGGAACAAGUUUUCAGGGGAAGUUGCUAAGAGUAUAGGAAAUCUGAGCCGGUUAAAGGUUCUGAAUCUGAGUGGGAAUGGCUUUUCUGGCAGGGUCCCAGCUAGCGUGGGCAAUCUUUUCAGGCUGACUACUCUGGACUUGAGCAAACAAAACCUCUCUGGGGAAUUGCCAUUUGAGCUCUCUGGUUUGCCCAACCUGCAAGUUAUUGCAUUGGAGGAGAACAAGUUGUCUGGGGAUGUUCCUGAAGGUUUCAGUAGCUUGUUGAGUCUAAGAUUCUUGAACCUCAGCUCCAAUGCCUUCUCAGGUCAUAUUCCAUCAAACUAUGGUUUUCUUCGGUCUUUAGUUGUUCUCUCAUUGUCAGAUAAUCACAUUUCCGGAAUGAUUACACCAGAACUUGGUAAUUGUUCUGGCCUUGAAGUUUUAGAGCUAAAAUCGAAUUCUUUCACAGGACACAUUCCGGCUGAUCUGUCACGGCUUACACAUUUGCUUGAGCUCGAUUUGGGUGGUAACAAUUUAACAGGAGAAAUUCCAGAGGAAAUCUCAAAAUGCUCAUCUUUAAAAGCUCUGCGACUAAACUCUAAUACGCUUUCAGGUGGCAUACCGUCAUCAUUGGCCCAGUUAUCAAAUCUAACAACGUUGGAUCUCUCUUCUAACAACUUGAGUGGAAAGAUUCCACCUAAUCUGUCAUUGCUUACUGGUUUGGUAAGCUUCAAUGUUUCGAGAAACAAUCUUGAAGGUGAGAUUCCGGUAACGCUGGGGUCUAGAAUCAACAAUCCAUCAGCGUUUUCUGAUAACCAGCGCUUGUGUGGAAAGCCAUUAGACAAGAAAUGUGAGAACGUAGUUGAUAAAGAUAGAAAGAAGAGGCUAAUUUUGUUAGUUGUAGUGGCCGCCAGUGGAGCUUGCUUACUGGCGUUGUGUUGUUGCUUCUACAUUUUCAGCCUCUUGAGAUGGCGGAAAAAACUCAAACAAAAGGCAUCAGGGGAGAAGAAAAGGAGUCCGGCGAGAGCCAGUUCAGGUGCCAGUGGAGGCAGAGGAAGCACUGACAGUGGCGGGCCGAAACUAACCAUGUUCAACACCAAGAUCACAUUAGCGGAGACAGUUGAGGCAACUAGGCAAUUCGAUGAAGAAAAUGUACUAAGCAGAACACGUUAUGGAUUGGCAUUCAAGGCCUGUUACAACGACGGAAUGGUACUUGCUAUUCGGCGUCUACCCGAUGGAGCUCUAGACGAGAACAUGUUCCGAAAAGAGGCCGAUGCACUUGGCCGGGUUCGGCACCGUAACCUCACUGUUCUCCGAGGCUACUAUGCCGGACCACCAGACUUGAGGCUCUUGGUAUAUGACUACAUGCCAAAUGGCAACCUCGCCACACUCCUCCAAGAAGCAUCUCACCAAGACGGUCAUGUCCUAAAUUGGCCAAUGCGCCACCUCAUUGCACUCGGGAUCGCCAGAGGCUUAGCCUUUCUCCACACAUCGACGAUAGUCCACGGCGACGUGAAGCCACAAAACGUCCUAUUCGACGCAGAUUUCGAAGCCCAUUUAUCAGAUUUCGGCCUCGAACGUCUCACUCUCCCCACCCCAGCCGAGGCCUCCACAUCAACCACGGUCGGCACUUUGGGGUACGUCUCGCCGGAAGCUGUGUUAACAGGGGAACUAAGCAAAGAAUCCGACGUGUACAGCUUUGGUAUCGUCUUGCUCGAACUACUCACCGGAAAAAGACCAGUGAUGUUCACUCAAGACGAAGAAGACAUAGUCAAAUGGGUCAAGAAACAACUCCAAAAGGGUCAAAUCACGGAGUUAUUAGAACCGGGUCUGCUUGAACUCGACCCCGAAUCAUCAGAAUGGGAAGAGUUCUUGCUCGGAGUCAAAGUCGGGUUACUCUGCACAGCUCCGGAUCCUCUAGACCGACCCACCAUGUCCGAUAUCGUCUUCAUGCUAGAAGGUUGCCGGGUCGGACCCGACAUCCCAUCUUCCGCCGACCCGACUUCUCAACCGUCGCCGGCGUAACCUGAAACUUUCCGUUUCCCAAAACCCACCUUAACCGAAUCAUUAUUAUUAUUUUUUUUUUCCUUUUUUUUUGUUAAAUCAUUUUUAAUUUAAUUUCGUUUGUUCACUUUUGGUUAACUGUAGUUUUGGUUUUUA